AUGGAUAACGAAACAAUAUGUUCUCAUUGGCCCCUAAGCCUUGUCGCAACCAUAAUUCAAGAUCCAGACGGUGUCUGGAACCCCAACAUAAUACCACCUCCUGCGGUACACCAACACCACGCAGAGGAUCCGACAGAUAGCAAUUAUACAUCGACACUAGAAAAUAUCUCAAAACGUACACAACCACCACUUCAUCAUUUCAUUACAUUCAUUCCCUCCAUACAUUCGACGUCAUACACCUCUACCCUAUGGAAACACUGGCUCACUGUCGCACUAGCUAUCACAUGGCUUCAAUCAACUCACCCUCUUCAAACCUCGAACACCCACCUUAACUGCAUCACAGGGGAAGUUUGCGAAAAUGACCACUGCAUAGAAAUCAACGACUCAGAUCAAAUUCUAAAUGUUUACUUCCCACAUCACUUUACACGCUACUCCGUUCUGCGAGCAAACACAGUGCAACUUCUUUCGCAAAUGGUCUCGAAUCCCGAAUGCUGGCCACGAAUCGCUAUUGCUGUUACAGCUAUUUUGCUCUACAUCUCUGCCAUCACGGCCUACAUUUGUUUAGAGUCAUACACAAAUUUUUCCGCAUCUUCGCCAGCAUCCGCAGACCCGCUACAUCCUGUUCACUCAUCUCCAUUCUCCGAUGGCCACAGAGAACAUGACGCACGCCCGACAGUUAACAAUAAAUGGACUACAAAAACAAUCAUACGACUGAUCGUUAUCUUUACAUGCCUUAUUAUACCGGCACAUGGCUGUCAACAAACGGUACUUCUACCAACCCCGGCAUCACAAUGCGAUCCCUCGAAUAACAAUUGCCAUAACCAAACAACAGUCAUCAUUCCUCUAAACCAAAUGCAACCUGAUGUUUGCUUGCAACUCAAACACGGCAAUAAACAAAUCCACUUCAUGCGCAUUUCCAUGGACAAACUAAUUCUGAGAUGCCGCGAAGAAACUUCAUACUUAACACGCAAUACACUUACAAACGUUCAAUACAAGAAGCGCUGCCCCCACAUGGGCACCUGCUCUGUUUCAACACCCUUGUCGAUGGACUUGCAGAGGCAAACAACUUCACAGGAAUCACAUAUUGUUCCGAAUCCUGUGGAGGCUUAA